UCUCAACGCGUCGACGACUUCUCUCGCCUCUAAAUAUUCUCGUCCUGCUUUAGCUAUCUAGUGCUUCAAAUCGCCGGCGACAAGUAUCGACCAUCACCCGUCGAUCGGACAAUCAGUUCGCCACUCUUCGACGACGAUGCCGUAUGACGGUUUCCCGCCUUUAAUUUCCUCUCAGCUUCAGUAUCUCCUCAAUCACUCGUCUCACCUGAUCAAGGUCGAGCAAGUUUGGUCUGGGACUAAGUAUUUCCCAGGAGCUUUUGAUCGGUUCACAUUGGUGAUUCCGUACUGCCUAGACUUCAUCAGAUGGGACGUGGUGUACAAUGCAGAAUUACCCAUGGCACCACCAGACGUUAUAUUUGCAGCUGAAGACGAGGAUUUCCACCCCUUACAUGCAGACACGAAGCUUCUCCAGGGUAUUUUGUGUAACUGGAACUUCAAAGACCCAACAUGCUUGUUCAAUUUGAUCGAGGAACUGAGAAGGAAAUACGUCAAGUACCAGACCAAUCUUGUUGAAAGAGUGGAUGAUGAUCGAUUGAAGUUUGAGAUUAGCACCAUCAUAUCUAGGGAGGGAAUUGAAAUGCACAUGAGUUCUGGAACUGAUAAGCCAGAAGAGGUGAAAUUUGCAGUGCCUUUAAUGGACAUGAACAUAAACAAGAUGGUGCUUGCCUGUCCUUGGAGACACCAACAAAAGAUAUACUUGCAGGUUGUAUAUCCAGUUGGGAGAAAGUAUCUUUCUGCACCUUCAGCACCUCGCCUAAAAUUAAUGAGCUCCGCAGAACUUAAAGCUCUAUUUCCUGUCGAUGAGAUUAAGCUCCCUUCUUGGGUGGAUGGGAUGUGUUUGGCUGAAUAUCUGCCCCAUCUAGAGGAACUUCUUCAGAAACAGGUCUUGGAGGCAGUUUCUCUAAUUGAUGUUAGGAGGCAUUUUAUUGAGGCUUUGGCGCCCUUGUUUGGCAGGCCACUAGAGGCUGACCCGGUUUUCUGCAGAAAGGCUACUUUUCUUGCCAACUCUGGACCAUUUACAUUCCUGGUGCAUGUUUCCAUUUCAACUCAGUUUCCAAAACAGCCUCCAUCUCUGAUGCUUCAAAGUACUCAGCAUGUUAAUCCAAGAGACAUGCCAGUCAAGUCAGCUAUUAUGAAUGAAUAUCCAUGGAGCCCAAGAUGGGAAGUAAUGCUGAUGGCAGAGAAGAUCCACGAGUUUUUGUUCGACGAAUGCCUAAAUUUCAAGAGAUAUUGCAAUGAAUCACAGCAGCAGUAGAAUGAUUGAAGUUCUGCUCCGAUAGUUUAUAUUUGUUGGCCAGUCACUGCCAAUGAAUCCAAGUAGCUUGAUUGUAGUACCCUUAUGGAUUACACUGUUGUCAAAUCCUUGUUAUUUUGUUGUAAUUAGUGGAUCCAGGAAGUAAUGGAAAGCGGUUUUGUAACUGCCUUUUGUGGUUGGGUUAGAUUUGCUUGGCUGCCGGCUGCCGCCCUGCCUGCAAAGAUGCUAUCAAAAUGCUUGAAUACUCUCAACUUUUGGGUGAUCUCCACUUGGCUCAACUGAGAAAUAUAAGCGUCGGAGUUCCGACUGUGAAUGUGGUUGCCCGAUGAUGGAUGUAUAUAUACUCUUGUUUAUGCCCUCUCAUUAUCAGUAGAAAAGAAGUUGAGCAAUUGGCCACUUGUUUUCUAGCAUUGGCAUGUUGAGGAACGAAUCUUUAGCUUAACACUGUUAUUGUAAGUAGGAAGAAGUUGAACAAUUGAUUCAAUCCAUGUCGAGUAACUCC